UAUUGCUUUUACUCUAGCAGGAAUUACUUCGUUGCCCGUUACCCCAAAAUGCACUGGGCAGCUCUCACGUCGUUUGUUGGCGUCGCCAGCGCCUACAUUCAACCUUUCAACCCUGUCCAGCAGGCCGUCACUCCCCGCCUCCCCGGCGAUACGUCCACCGCGGGCCACGGCAAGCUCGAAUUCUUCGACCAAUUGAUCGACCACUCGAACCCUUCUCUCGGUACAUUCAAGCAGCGCUACUGGUGGAACACCGAUCACUAUGGUGGUCCUCACUCCCCCAUUGUGCUCGAGUCCCCCGGCGAGGCAGCUGUUGGAACAGAUGGCGAUCUUAGCAACAUGGGAAACUCGUCGCUACCCGGCCUCCUGGCCCAAGAUAACCAGGGUGCAUACAUCAUCAUCGAGCACCGAUACUUUGGUCCCAGCACCCCGUUUACGGACCUCAACACCGAGACUCUGCAGCACAUGACCUUGGACAAUGCCGUCCAGGAUCUCAUCUACUUUGCCAAGAACGUUGUCUUCCCCUUUGACACCACCAACGGUACGGCUACCAAGCCCGACCAGGCGCCAUGGCUGCUGUCCGGCUGCUCCUACUCGGGUGCUCUCUCUGCUUGGACACAGUCUCUGGCACCCGGUACCUUUUGGGCGUAUGAGGCUGGUAGCGCUGUUGUCCAGACUGUCGAGCAGUUCUGGGAGUACUACGCUCCCAUCAAGAACAGCAUGCCUAAGAACUGCACUGCUGAUUUCCAGCGCAUCAUCAAGCACACCGACGACGUGCUGAUCCACGGAAAUGACACUGCCAAGAAGACGCUCAAGGACAAGUUUGCCCUGGGAAACUACACCGACAAGGAAUUCGCCAACGUCAUCACCAACUGGAUCACCGUUCAGCAGAGCCACCAGGCCUAUCGCCAUGUUAACGAUUUGACUUUGCUCUGUGACUUUGUCGAGAACCAACGCCCGACGAAAAUGGUCCCUGUCCCUGGUCCCGAUGGUGUCGGCCUUGAGCUUGCUCUUGAUGGCCUUGCUAGAGUUUACACCAACACGACCGACAAGGUCCUUGCCGGUGUCAAGGCUCGCAGCGGUGUUGACUGGAGGAGUCUCAACGGACGAAGCGACAUUGCCACUACCGAAAUCAACCCAUGGACCUGGUUCCUUUGCAACGAGCCUUUCGAGUGGUGGCAAUCCUGGAGCCGAUUCGACAACACUGGCUUCCAAUCUCGCCUUUGGAGCUGGAAGGACGAUAUUCACGGCGUGUGCGACAGAAACUUCCCUGACAAGAAUGGUUUCCAGUAUGGCCUCAAGGCUGGCCGCACCUACCAUGGCGUCAACAAGCACACUGGUGGCUGGCGCAAGGUCGACACCAAGCGCCUUGUCUGGAUUAACGGAGAGUUUGACCCCUGGAGACCUGCUACCGUAUCUUGGGAGGGCCGCCCUGGUGGCGCUCUGGAGAGCACGGAAGAUCAUCCCGUCUAUGUCAUCAAGAAUGCUGGCCACUGCAACGAUUACGUCGCUGCCAAUGCUGGUUCUGUUGAGGGCAAGGCUAUCUUUGAGGCUACCCUUGGCCACUUCCGCAAGUGGGUUGCUGAAUUCUACGAGGAGCACCCCCAUGCCAAGUAAAAUAGUCGAGAAUAGAAAAUGGCGAUAUGACACUGGGUUUGAGGUUACAGGAACCUUGCAAAGUAUUUAGAGCCUAUAUAUACAUGUAUACUCAUGACAUAUAAGUGACUUAAUCUUACCGUAAAGCACUUUAAUCUUGACAAUAAACAUAAUACCGUGAG